CUCUCUAUAUAUAUAUAUAUAUAAGGUGUAUUUGUACACUAAUUGUAGUUGGUCUUCUUCUUUUCCCUUAGAACUUUAUUUCAUCUCCAUCAUCUCCAUCUCCUUGAAUUAAAAAUGGCUGAGGAAGUUACCAAAUCCAUAUAUGAUAUCACUGUUAAGGAUAUGAAUGGCAAUGAUGUGAACCUGAGUACCUACAGUGGAAAGGUUCUUCUUAUUGUCAAUGUUGCCUCAAAAUGUGGACUUACUCAUUCCAACUACAAAGAGAUGAAUGUGUUAUAUGAGAAGUACAAGGACAAAGGAUUUGAGAUAUUAGCAUUUCCAUGCAACCAGUUUGCUGGUCAGGAGCCUGGAAGUAAUGAGGAAAUUAAAGAAGUUGCAUGCACUAUGUUCAAAGCUGAGUUUCCGAUCUUUGAUAAGAUUGAAGUAAAUGGGAAAAAUGCAGCACCACUAUACAAGUUCCUGAAAACCCAGAAAGGUGGCAUUUUCGGGGACGGCAUCAAGUGGAACUUCACCAAGUUUCUUGUGGCUAAAGAUGGAAAGGUUGUGGAGAGAUAUGCGCCCACCACUUCACCCUUAAAGAUAGAGAAGGACAUUCAGAAGCAGCUGGAGGCUUAAUUAUCUAAAUAUUAUGCUUGUGAUGUGAAUACAUGUUGAGUUGAAUAAAGAAAAACUCUCCUUUUAAUUUAUAUUGUGGUGUAAACAUCUAGACAUAUUGAAGUUAAUAAAAAUUGCUGCUUCUAUCUGA